AACUAAAAGCAAACUACAAUGGAGAAACGGCACCGUUUCUCUUAUACGAUUAAUCUGUUUGGUAGAUUAAUUAAUUUUUUUUAUAAAUCUUCUCUCGAUGUCAACCGUAGCAUUUUUGUAAGAAAAUAUUAUGCGAAUUUUUUAUAUUUUUAUGAGACAUUCCCGGUUCUGGUUUUACUUAGUCACCAUCUCAUCUCACUCUCUCAGCCUCAAACAAAGCUCAAGUACUUUAAAUCCAGAACACAUUUCUUCUUGUACAUUUCUCAGAUUUUUGAGCUACUAAUUUGACAGGAACUUAGAGCUUGUGCUUGAAGUUAUUUAAGGACAUUGAGACAGGGUUGACACUCUGUGGAAUAGCUGUGUUCAUGCAACAAUGGUUCUUGGUCUAAAUGCAAAGAACAAGAAAGAUGCAGUGAUUCAUGUUGAUUAUUUAAUCCAUAUUCAGGAGAUUAAGCCAUGGCCACCAUCACAAUCGCUAAGAUCAGUUCGGUCUGUCCUGAUUCAGUGGGAAAAUGGUGAUCGAAAUUCUGGGUCAACUAAAACGGUUGUACCUUCACUGGGAUCUGUUAUUGGAGAGGGAAGAAUUGAAUUCAAUGAGUCUUUUAGGUUACCUGUGACCAUGUUGAGGGAAAUGACUGUCAAAAACAAGGAUGUUGCUACAUUCCAGAAGAAUUGUUUAGAGUUUAACUUGUAUGAGCCUCGAAGGGAAAAAACUCAGUUGUUGGCGACUGCUAUCAUAGAUUUGGCAGAUCAUGGCAUUGUCAAAGGGACAUUAAGUAUGAAUGUCCCAAUGAGCAGCAAGAGGAGCUAUAAAAACACAGCUCAACCAGUUUUGUUCAUUAAAAUCCAGAGAGUUGAUAAAGCCACUGAUUGUACAGGCUCCUCCUUGAAGGAUGGCUUGUCAAAAGAGGCUUCAUUGGAUCAGAAUGGUCGUGAAUCUGUUUCAGCAUUGACAAAUGAAGAGUACGCUGAGGAAGCUGAGGUUGCUGCUUUCACAGAUGAUGAUGUGUCCUCGCACUCAUCUCUGAUUGUUUCCUCUUCUGCUGCCAAGUCAAAUAUUGGUUUACCUCCUCAAAAUGAAAAGAAUGGAUUAGUCAUAUUGUCAGACAGUAGAGGAGUUAAAAAGGAGCAUGGCCUAGUUUCAAAGUUACAGCAGGAAAAAUUAGAAAUAAAGGAACAGAUCCCAUCACAUGAAAAUAAGACGGCCAGAUCAUCUCGCUCAUCAUCAAUAGAUUUAUCUUUUGAACUAGAGAGCCUAGUAAAUGGUAAGGCUUUGGCGUUUGACUCUCCUAACUCUAAUCCAGUGAUCUCAAAUAAUGCGGUAGCCCACAAUGUUACUUCUUCACCGUCCUUCACUAAUAGACAUGCUAAGGAGAAUACCAGCAUGAGAUCUACUGACAAUGAAGAUUUGCCUCAGGAGGUUCCGACAGAGUUUCCUAAUGGAAUAUCUGCUAUGAAUGGUGAUGCUGAACAAAACGGUCAGGGAAUUACAUCUAAUCAUUUUUCAGUUGACAAUAUAGACUCUAAAAAAGUUGAGGAUUCUCAAGUGAACAGAGUGGAUCAUGGUGAAAGUUGUAAAUUUGAACGAGGGUCCAUGGAGGGGGCUGCAAAUUCAGAUGAUGAUUGCAAUAGCUUUACGGAGGACAAAGAGAGGAAGGAAAAAGACAACAACGGGUUGGAAAGAGAAAAAUCUGAACAGAAAAGACAUUCCUCAGAAAAUAAAGCACUAAAUUAUUAUUCAAGAGAUGCAACCAGUAACCAAAUUUCGUUGCAAAAUGAUUCACCUUCUUCAAGCAGGGAAAAUUUUGGAAUGAAGGGCAAUAUCUCAAAAAGUGACAGACUAAAACAUGUGAAGUCUGUUAGAUCAUCACCAGACAUAGCAAGAGGCAAUGGGUCGGUUAGUAACAAUCAUAAAAAAGAAGUGACGGAAUAUGUUUUUCUGAGAGAUUCCCAGAAUAUUGCAGGAAGCUUUAGGAGUAGUGAAAGAAAAGAUGCUAAAAUUUAUCCUAAGGAUGCCAGAAGUGCUAUUCUGGAGAGCAAAAUCCAGCAGUUGGAGCUCAAGAUUAAAACACUUGAGGCAGAGCUGCGAGAAGCUGCUGCUGUAGAAGUUUCUCUUUACUCAGUAGUUGCUGAGCAUGGAAGUUCCAUAAGUAAGGUCCAUGCUCCUGCUUGGCGUCUUUCAAGGCUCUAUCUUCAUGCUUGCAAAGAAAAUUCCCAAUCAAGGAGAGCUAGUGCAGCAAGAAGUUCCAUUUCAGGAUUACUUUUGGUUGCAAAAGCUUGUGGAAAUGAUGUUCCCAGGUUGACAUUUUGGUUGUCAAAUUCUGUUGUGCUGAGAGUAAUUAUAAGCCAAGCCACUGGGGACCUAGAGCAACCGCUUUCUGCACAUCAAUCCAUGGAAAGGAAUGGUGGACGAAAGGGAAACAACAAGAUAUUAUUUCCACUAAAAUGGAAGGAAUCUUCUGCAGGCAAAAAGGGAAACAAAAAUGUUGUGUGUGGAAGUUUUAGUGACUGGGAAGACCCAAAUACAUUUUUAUCUGCGCUGCAAAAGGUUGAAGCCUGGAUCUUCUCCCGAAUUGUAGAAUCUAUAUGGUGGCAGAUUCUGACUCCACACAUGCAGUCUGCUGCUGCAAAGGCAGUUGAUAGAGGUUCUGGCUCUGUCUCAAGGAAAAACCAUGGAAGGUCAUGUAAUUUGGGUGAUCAAGACCAAGGAAACUUUUCACUGGACCAUUGGAAGAGGGCUUUCAAGGAUGCCAGUGAAAGACUUUGUCCUGUUCGAGCUGGAGGGCACGAAUGUGGCUGCCUUCACUUUUUGGUGAAAUUGAUAAUGGAACAAUGUGUGGCUAGAUUAGAUGUAGCUAUGUUCAAUGCCAUUCUUCGUGAAUCUGAUGAUGAUAUCCCAACUGAUCCUGUCUCUGACCCCAUUAGUGAUCCCAAGGUGCUCCCGAUUCCAGCUGGUAAAUCAAGUUUCGGGGCUGGUGCCCAACUCAAAAAUGCAAUUGGCAAUUGGUCUAGAUGGCUCAGUGAUCUAUUUGGUUUGGAUGACGAUGAGUUAGUGAACAAUAAGAAUGUAGAUGAUGAGGUUGAUGAGAGACAUGAUUCAUCUUUCAAGUCUUUCCACCUCCUUAAUGCCUUGAGUGAUCUGAUGAUGCUUCCAAAGGACAUGCUCUUGAGUAGAAGUGUCAGGAAAGAGGUAUGCCCCAUUUUUGGUGUGCCAUUAAUCAAGAGAGUGGUUGACAAUUUCGUCCCAGACGAGUUUUGCCCUGACCCCAUUCCAAAGGUUGUUCUUGAAGCCCUGGAGAAUGAGGAUUCCCUUGAAACUGGGGAGGAAUCUGUCACAAACUUCCCAUGUACAGCAGCUCCUCCACUCUAUGUACUACCGUCAGUGGAUUCUGUUUUGAGCGUUAUUGGAGAGUUAGGAAACCAAUCUCAGCUGAGAAGAAGUGGAUCCUCAGUACUUAGAAAAUCAUAUACUAGCAAUGAAGAACUUGAUGAACUGAAUUCUCCGUUGGCUUCAAUUUUCAUUGAUGUUUCCCUAUCUUCACCAGUUUUGUCAAGACCCGUCUGGAUAUCCAAGGGCAAUAACAAUCAAAUUUCUGUCAGAUAUGAACUGCUUCGAGACAUCUGGAUGAACUGCGAGUAAAUACAUAUAAAACAAUGUUGUAUACGUAUUUUGUUGUCAAAUUUUGGUUCCUUCGUCGUUCUAUGAGAAUUUUCAAGAGAAAUUUACCAUUGAUAAUAGAAUGUGGUGUGUAGAAUUAUAAAAUAUUUACCACUUCUGUCAAAGCACAAUUCAGUGGUGUCAAA